CCACGUUAAUGUAACGUAAUUUGCAUGGCUUGUGUUCUUGUUUGGUGGUGUAACCAUCAUACGACACCACUACUCGUUUAAAUGACUUGGACAUUGAUAUAAAUAUUGCCCAAUUCCACUACAAUUAUAACAUUUGCACGAUGAUGACGCUGGUCGGAAAGUUGUAUGACGUGGUUGAGAAUAAUUCUGAUAAUCAUUUGACGAGGUUGUCGUGACCCAGAAGAUAAUAUGAUACCUAUUGUAGAAUAUAAACGGAAAGAAAAGAGAGUUGUACAUAUAUUCGAGAAAAGAAAAACGAAAGUCAUAUGGGAAGAAAAAGACAUGAAAGGUUAGAACAGAACGAAAGAUAACAGAUAGAUACAAAAUAGAACCAAUAUAACAAACACAUAGCAAAAUGAAGAUUGAAAUUGCUAAUUUCCAGAAAACUUCGUUCUUGCUCAUGUGUUGGACAAGUGUCUCCUAACAACAGAACUUAGAAUCGAGAUCGGUUUAUAUCACUACAGCUACAGUACUAAUUCGGCCUGGAACUUUCUUCCUUCAGCCCAAUGGUGCGCUACUGGGAGCAUGGCAACAGCACGCAUGAGUCAUACUGCAACCAUGCUAAAUUCGGGCAAAGUUCUUGUAGCUGGUGGGCACUACCAAUCGUCGGACCUUGCUACUAGUGAACUAUUUGAUCCAUCAACGGGCCAAUCGACCACUACGGCCAGCUUGGCAACAGCACGCUCUGAGCAUACUGCAACCCUGCUAAAUUCGGGCAAAGUUCUUGUCAGUGGUGGUAUCAGCGGAGGAGGAGCCUCGCCUAUUGCUACUUGUGAAAUAUUUGAUCCAUCAACGAGCCAAUGGACCAAUUCCUCCAGCAUGGCAACAGCACGCUUUUUUCAUACUGCAACCCUGCUAAAUUCGGGCAAAGUUCUUGUAGCUGCUGGUCGCCACGCAUCGUUGACUCUUGCUACUUGUGAAAUAUUUGAUCCAUCAACGAACCAAUGGAGUACUACUGGAAGCAUGGCAACAGCACGCUAUUAUCAUACUGCAACCCUGCUAAAAUCGGGCAUAGUUCUUGUCACUGGUGGUAACACCGGAUCAUCGCUUAUUGCUACUUGUGAAAUAUUUGAUUCAUCAACGAGCCUAUGGACCUCUACUGCAAACAUGACAAUAGCACACUCUCGGGAUCCGGCACAACUGUUGAACUCAGGCGAAGUUCUUGUCGCUGGGGGUCAAAGCACAUCGUCGGUUGUUGCUACUUGUGAAAAGUAUUGUAUGUGA